AUGAAUAAACUAAGAUCUAUUCUCACAUCCAAACCACCAACAGGGACACCAGCAGAGCCAACAAAGUCAUACCAACCCCGUCCAAAUCCCACGGGAACACUCCCACCACCGACUCCAGCAUAUUCGAAAAAUCCUCCACGCCUGAUUCUUAUCGGUGGCGGGUCCCGCGGGCAAGCCCUCGCUCGCGCCAUCGUUCACGGCUCGAAUGGACAUCUCGUCGCGAUAGCCGAGCCUGAUCCCAUUAGACGGCGACAGGUAGGAAGGCACUGCAUCUGGGGCAUCGAAGAGCCGUCGGAGGGGGAGGAGUUUGAAGGGUGGGGACAGUUCCUCGAGUGGGAACUUGCUAGACGAGCUGGAGCUGCAGCAGCUCCGAUUGAUGAGACUGGGACCUCGAAAAUUAUCGAUGCCGCUGUUAUUUGUACGGCUGAUCAGACACAUCGCGAAAUUGUGCUGACGCUCGCGCCACUCGGUAUACAUCUCAUGUGUGAAAAACCGCUUGCUACGUCUCUACAAGAUCUAUUUGAUAUUUACCGCUUUCUUGGACCGAAGCAGGAUAUUGCUUUGCCGUCUGCGUCCGCGUCAGCGGGGAUAUUGUUUGCUGUCGGGCAUGGAAUGAGGUAUACGCCGCAUAACCAGCUGUUGCGGAAAUUGGUUCGCGAAGAUGAGGUUAUUGGGGAUGUUGUUUCGGUGGAACAUACAGAAAAUGUAGGGUGGUGGCAUUUUUGUCAUAGUUAUGUUCGUGGUAAUUGGCGGAAAGAAAAAACGUCCGGACCUUCGCUAUUGACGAAAUCCUGCCAUGAUAUUGACUUCUUACUCUGGCUUCUCGCUGAGCCAAAUCUUCCUCGGCCUGGAGAGGAACGAGCGCCUGUUCAUCUCCCAUCAAGUGUUUCUUCGUCGGGCUUGCUGAAGUUCUUUCGGCAGAAGCGUAAGCCACGCUCUGCUGGUAAUGCGACGAAUUGUUUGUCUUGUCCGGCUGAGCAGGAUUGCCAUUUCUCUGCGCACAAAAUUUACUGGGAAAAGGGUGUUUGUAUGGGGCUUGGUGGAUGGCCUGCUGAUGUUGUCCUACCUGAUAUUGAGGAUUUGCUGGAUAGUGGCGGACUUCAGGCUGUGAAGGAUAAGUUGGAUACAACACUCAUGGAGGAUUAUACGUCGAGCACGUCGGAGAAAGAAGUUUCUUCUCGGCAAUGGUACGGUCGUUGUGUAUUUGAGUCUGACAAUGACGUCUGUGACGAUCAAACUGUUCACAUUUCCUGGGACGAUGAUGAAGGAAAUGAUUUCUACGCAAAGUCCGCGACAUUCCACAUGACUGCUUUCACCGAGGGUGUAUGUACGAAGCAAAUGCGUAUAUUCGGGACAAAAGGCGAGAUAAGUACCGAUGGCGCAUUAGUUACUGUUCGCGAUUUUGUCACUGGGGAGACCAAGUCUAUUACUCCUCCUAUGAGUACAGGUGGGCAUUCAGGGGGUGAUUAUGGCUUGAUGAAGCAAUUUGUUCUUGCUGUUGACGCUGUCAAAAAUCAUGGCCUUGAGCUGGAAAGUUCCCAGAUUGAGUUUAUUGGGUGUACAAUGGAAGACAUCAUCAGGAGUCAUUCUUUGGUCUUUGCGGCGGAAGAGGCGAGGAAGUUGGGGGCUCAGGUGGACUGGAAGGAGUGGUGGAAAAGCAAUUUUCGCAAACAA